GCCCAGAAGGGGGCGGGGGGUUUAUCCGCCGCCCAUGCGCGGGGGUUCGGCCUGCGAGCGGUCCGAAGGCGGGGUACAGGCAUAAUGAAGGUUGCCCAGUGCUGCUUCAUGCCCUUCCAGAGUGCAGAGAGCAGCUAAACUUAAACCUCUAAAAAACAGGAAGUACAAAAUUAAGGGAAGAAGAGGAGAUGGAGUUGAGGCCCCUUCAUCCUCCAUCACAUCAUUACCAAAAGCAGCAGCAGAUCACUCCCAUGCUAGGCCAUGAAAACUGUCUUCCCCUCCCCAUCUGUCACUGGUGGUGAGAGUAAACUGGAAUUAACAUCACAAUGGAUAAGACAUGCUUGGCUCUUCCUGUCCAUAGAAGGAGGAAUUGCUAGUUGGGAUAUGACAUUCCCGAAGAGGUUUCCUGCUGUCCUCUGAGGCCCAGGAACAGUGAGGUCUAACAGCAACAUACUUUGAUGACAUCUCCAGGGCACCAUCAGAAGAGAAAUGUUCACAGAAACUUUUCCUGUAUAGUAGAUGAAUAAGAGGAUGAAGGAAUACUAUAAACAGCAGCAGUAUAGUUGACAGCAAGAAGCUGGCUCCCAAAAGUUGUGACCCAGGAUUUUGUAAGCCUCUUGAAGUUCUGCUGCACACAUCUAUCUUGUAGCUGCUUUUGGUGAAUAUGUCUAUGAAAUACUUAAAAUGGAGUUUUUUGGCACUCUUGAUGCUUUCUGUCAUAAUAAUGACAUGGUACAUGACACUCCCUUCGCAUAUUGUGAUAGAGCAUACAAACUCAAUGUAUUUCUAUGAAUAUGAGCCAGUUUACAAGCAGAACUUCCUCUUCACACUGCGGGAGCGUUUGAAAUGCAAAGAUACAAAUCCAUUUCUGGUCAUCUUGGUGUCUUCACAACCUACGGAUAUAGAGGCAAGGCAGGCCAUUAGAGUAACAUGGGGUUCUAAAAAAUCCUGGGGGGACCGUCAGGUUCUAAUACUGUUCUUACUAGGACAAGGAGCUGAAAGAGAAGACAGCUUAGCAUUAUCGAUAGAAGAUGAAAGCAUUCUGUAUGGUGACAUAAUUCGCCAAGAUUUUAUGGAUACUUACAACAAUCUUACCUUGAAAACAAUCAUGGCAUUCAGAUGGGUGUCUGAGUUUUGUUCAAAUACUAAAUACGUUAUGAAGACUGAUUCUGAUGUUUUCAUCAACGCUGGCAACUUAUUAAUGGUUCUUCAAAAUGUAAAUUCUUCAGACAGUUUUUUUACUGGUUACCCUCUAAUUGAUAACUUUUCCUACAGAGGGUUUUACAGAAAAACAUAUAUUUCUUAUGACGAAUAUCCAUUUAAGGUAUAUCCUCCAUACUGUAGUGGAAUGGGGUAUAUACUUGAUGGAAAACUGGCUCUGAAGAUUUAUGAAAUGAUGAGUCAUAUCAAACCUAUUAAAUUUGAAGAUGUUUAUGUUGGAAUUUGCUUAAAUAUACUAAACGUGAACAUCCAUAUUCUAGAAGAUACACAACUCUUCUUUUUAUACAAAAUUAACUUUAACAUCUGUAAAUAUAGACACUUGAUUGCGGUACAUGGUGUAUCUUCAAGUGAAAUGAUCAGAUUUUGGCAGGAUUUAUUGACAGACACUUCACUCGCUUGCCACUGAUCCCAUGUUAAUAUAGGUCUGUCAAAAGCUGACUGCUUUGUCCUGGUCUCUUGGUUUGAAUUGCACUGUAGAAAGUGUCUAAAUUGAGUUUUGUAGAACAAGGAAAUGGAAAUGAGGUUUUAGAAAGGAUCACUCAGGCUUAUGGGACCACCCUGAUUACUAGGCACCAUUAAAACAGCAGAAUAUCUCUAGAGGGUUUUCAAUAGGGUGUUUUUAAAUUGAGAAUGAGACUUUGUUGCACCUUUUUUAUUCCAGAAUUAUUUAGAUUAUAUAGUAACAGUAUUCUGCUCACUCUACCCCUCUGGUUCAUUUCUGAACAGUCUGCUGCAAGUAUGGGGUCAUUCUGCCACCUCCCCAGGAACCUGUUGUCCUGGGAUUUAUGGAACUGCAGCAGCAGCACCCCUUUUUUCCUCAAAGAACUGUCC